CUGAAGCUUCCACAGUCUUUGGCUGCUGCUCGUCUCCCGCCACGUGCAUGCUGCCAUUGUUCCUCUGCUUUCUGGCUUUUAAGCAUAUGGCCAACACUCAAGUAGUCCACCAGACGUGAAUUCCAUCACAUCAUUGGGUGCAGAGUGUGCAACUUGCAGUUAUUGCAUGUGUAAGUGUGUGUGUGAAUGACAACCACAAUGACUUUAGCACAAAAGGCUGGAGGCUGCAUUCAUUCAAGAGCAACACUUAUGGUACCGGAGCUGGAGUGAGCCGACUUUUUAGGAAGACUGGACUGUAACCUGAACCCAAGAUAGUGAGCGAGAGAGAGAGAGACUGAGAGAAGUGAGAAAGAGAGAGAGAAAAUUGGAAAGGAAGGGGGCGGGAAGCAUUAAAGGAGUUUGAGAUGGUGAUGUCAGCCGAGUUCAGAAAGUAAACAGAGUUCCAGACUACAGCAUGCUGUUUGCCGAUACAGGACUACAGCCGGGGCAAACCUAUGGGGGCUCCCACGCAAUCCCCUGGACCAGCGCAAUUAUCAGUGGGAGGGAAGGCUGGUUCCUCUUCAUUUCCCUUCUCAUCUUCAUCUUCGUACCUCAAGGGACAUCCUGGCCUUACAAUUACAGGUAUUUGUACAACCACUGCCCAGGACCAGAGUGGAACUCUAUGUGUACGGGCUGCUGUGAGUACGACGUGAUCCGCUGCAAAUGCCCCCUGCAGGGGACUUCGGUGGGCUAUUCCGUGCCCUGCUGCCGCAACGCCAUCAACGAGUGCGACCCCUGCAUCAUCCAUCCCGGUUGCAGCAUAUUCGAGAACUGUAAGCGGUGCAACAAUGGAACAUGGGGUCCCAAAGAUGACUUCUUCGUCAGGGGCCAGUACUGUGCUGAGUGCCGUCCUGGAUGGUCUGGUGGGGAUUGCAUGAAGUGUGGUGGGGUGAUCCACAAACGUCAAGGCCACUUGGUGCUGGAGAGCUACCCAAACAAUGCUCGCUGUGAGUGGACGAUACAGGUGGAUCAGCCGUUUACGAUAGAACUCAGGUUCAUGAUGCUGAGUUUGGAGUCGCAUCCUUCUUGUCGCUAUGACUACGUGGAAGUCCGAGACGGAAACAGCAUCAACUCUCGUGUUAUAGCUCGGUUGUGUGGAAACAACAGAGCUGCUCCCAUUCAGAGUUCUGGCAACAGCCUACACAUUCUUUUCGAGUCGGAUGGGUACAAGAAUUUUGAUGGUUUCUUUGCAACAUUCCAGGAGAGCUCAGCUUGCAGCUCCUCUCCUUGUUUACACGAUGGAACUUGCAUCCUCGAUACCUCUUAUGCGUAUCGCUGUGCCUGUCUGGCUGGCUAUACAGGCAAGAGGUGUGAAAAUGUGGUCGGAUGCCACAGGCCUCCUGUGCCCACCCAUGGAUCCACACAGGGAGUGUUUCAUCACUCAGGGGCGCGCGUCACUUUCCACUGUGAUUCAGGCUUUGAGUUACAAGGGUUUCGUACCGCCAUCUGCUUGACUGAUGGCACCUGGAGUGCGCCUGCCCCACGUUGUGUUCCAGUGGAAAGAGUUUGUGCUCUUCCACCAAAGCCAACACACGGGGACCACUUCUUGGUUUAUGGACCCAAUGAUGUUUUAAUCGCUCUCCAGUACCUUUGCCACCAGCCCUAUGAACUCAGUGGAGUCUCUCAGAGAACCUGCCUUCCUAACAACACAUGGAGUGGAAGUCCUCCCGUUUGUUUGAAAGUGAAUAACACACUCACACAAGCAGAAAAGGAAGGCAAAGACACUGGAAGGGAGACAGGAAAAGACAAAGACAAAGAAAUACACGGUGAUAAAGAUGUCAGCAAAGACAGUAAAAGUGUAGAAAAAGAAAGUGAUCACAGAAAUACAACAGCAGAAGACAAAGACACUGGUAAUCUUCCAGGGAAAACUGGGGCUGAGGAUCAGAACCAAGAGGAAAAAAAUAAUGGAUUGAAAAAAACGACCAGCAGCAGUGAAGAUCAAGUGGGUAGUACUGGCCCCGUCAAUGGCCAGGACACGGUUGAGAAUAAAGAACCCGAAAUAGUAAAACCUGGGAAGAAAGACGACAGCCAUUCCCCAAAGUCUGAGACGGAUAUCACUGAGAUAGUGGCGAUAAAAGACAAAGGACAAGGAGAGAAGGAAAGAAAAGAGGAGCAAGUGAAUGGAAAGAAAGACUCGGGCAAGGUUGGACCAAACGACACCAAGCUGAGGACCGUCAUCUCAGAGGAAAUGAACACAGUAGACAUAUUUGAACGGGGAAGGGCAAAGAACAACACAGUCACGGAUGGCAACAAUGACAUAAAGAAUCAUAAUAAUACGAGAGGUUUUCCAGAAAGGAAAAUCAUUCCCUCAAGAGUCAAUAUUACACAGUAUACCUUAUACAGAGCAGGGGGUGAGGAAGACGGAAAACCAAAGGAAAAACCUAUCAUUGAAGAAGAGAAAAAUCCCACUGAGAAACCAAAAGAGAAACUGGAUGUGGAUCAGGAAGAGAACGAGCAAUGGAAGGACAUAAACCAAAGUUUCACUGACAGGAUGUGCCCACCUCCCCCUCGUCUCUAUCAUGGCUAUCACAUCAUGGUGCCGGGGGCCAAACCUGAGACAGUCCAGUUCUUCUGUAAUCACUCCUACGCCCUGAGUGGAGACGCCCAGUGGAGAUGCCAGCCAAAUGGUACCUGGAGUGGCAAACAGCCGCUGUGUGUCAGAGCAUGCCGGGAGCCCAAAGUGUCAGAAUUAGUCAGACAACGAAUUCUUCCCCCUCAAGAGCCAUUCAGAAAGACACCAGUACACAAACUAUACUCCUCCGCACUGGGUCGGCAAAUCCAGUCAGAGGGCACCACCAAAAGUCCGCCAGUACCUUCCCAGUUGGCCCAAGGCUUCCAUCACCUUUACACACAUAUAGAAUAUGACUGUGUGUCUCCUUUCUACCACCACAAUGGCAGCCAGAGGCGGACAUGCCUGAAAACAGGCAAAUGGAGUGGGCGCCAUGUCUCAUGUUCACCAGUGUGUGGGAAGCAUCCAACCUUUAACCCUGAGAGGCCGGGAGAGGCUCACUGGCCUUGGCUGGCAGCCAUCUACCGCCGUACCACCAAUGGCGCCGGCACCAAGGUGACCAAGACAGACAGGAACUCAGGAUCUGUGAAGAAGGAUGGCGAUGCAAGAACUGGGAACCAUAUUCGGGAUUCUGACUGGCAGCUGGUGUGCAGUGGGGCUCUGGUGAACCAAAGGAGCGUUGUGGUUGCAGCACACUGCGUAACGGACCUGGGGAAGGUUUAUCCUCUGGAUGCAGGCAAAAUCAAGGUGGUGGUUGGGAAAUACUAUCGUGAUGAUGACAGGGAGAAUAAAGGUUCCCAACCCCUGAGGGUGGCCUCUGUCGUCGUUCACCCGAACUACGACCCCCAUAUUCUUGACUCGGACAUAGCCGUCAUUAAGUUAUUGGACAAGGCAAAAAUUGGAGAGAAAGUGUUGCCGCUCUGCUUAUCAGACAGUCAAAGUGAGGCGGAGAUCUCCGGACAAGGGCUUGUGACAGGCUGGUCCCCGCUUCCCGACUCGGGUUUAGGCGCUGACGAGAAGGCAAGAGUCGGACUUGUCCACCUCGCUGACAUUGUCCCAUGCGAGCAGCAAUAUGCCCGUAAUGGUGUGCCAAUCAGUGUUACGGAGAACAUGUUGUGUGCAAGCCAGAAGCCUGACUAUGGACCCUCGAACAUAUGUCCCUCUGACACCGGGGGGGUUCUUGUACUUCCUGCUCACACUGACAACGGCCGUAAUCCCUCUGUUGGCUUUAAUCAAGGGAGGAACAAAGGACUUUGGAGACUUCUGGGACUGGUUAGCUUUGGCUAUGACCAAGGAGAGUGUGAUCCUGCCCUCUAUACGGUCUACACACAUGUAGCAAAUUUCAAAGUGUGGAUAGAGAGUUGUAUGAAAUAGUACUGUGGGACUCAUACUAUUUAAAUGUACAUGGACAGUGGAUCCAUGUACAUACAAAGUAAAAGUUAAACACGGACCACUGUUACAAAGCCCCCGAUUUUCACAUUUCAUGUUUUUUCAUGACCAAUACAUACUAGUUUGGGUACAGGCUGCACAGUGUUCAAGUGGUUAACAUGCAGGCCUCACAGCUAGGAGACCCGAGUUCAAUUCCACCCUCGGCCAUCUCUGUGUGGAGUUUGCAUGUUCUCCCCGUGCAUGCGUGGGUUUCUUCCGGGUACUCCGGUUUCCUCCCACAUUCCAAAAACAUGCUAGGUUAAUUGGCGACUCCAAAUUGUCCAUAGGUAUGAAUGUGAGUGUGAAUGGUUGUUUGACUAUAUGUGCCCUGUGAUUGGCUGGCCACCAGUCCAGGGUGUACCCCGCCUCUUGCCCGAAGACAGCUGGGAUAGGCUCCAGCACCCCCAGCGACCCUCGUGAGGGUAAGCGGCAGAAAAUGAAUGAAUAAUAACAAGAAGCUACACGGUGAUUAAGUGGUUAGUAUGCAGGCUUCACAGCUAGGAGACCCGAGUUCGAUUCCAACCUCUGGCAUCUUUUGCAGAGUGGGUUUACUCCAUGUACUCCGGUUUCCUCCCACAUUCCAAAAACAUGCUAGGUUAAUCGGCGACUCCAAAUUGUCCAUAGGUAUGAAUAUGAGUGUGAAUGGUUGUUUGUCUAUAUGUGCCCUGUGAUUGGCUGGACACCAGUCCAGGGUGUACCCCGCCUUUUGCGCCGGAAUGAGGAAUGCGACCCUCAUGAGGAUAAGCGGUAGAAAAUGAAUGAAUAAUAACAAGAAGCUACACUGCGGUUAAGUGGUUAGUAUGCAGGCCUCACAGCUAGGAGACCCGAGUUCGAUUCCAACCUCUGGCAUCUUUUGCAGAGCGGGUUUACUCCAUGUACUCCGGUUUCCUACCACAUUCCAAGAACAUGCUAGGUUAAUCGGCGACUCCAAAUUGUCCAUAGGUAUGAAUGUGAGUGUGAAUGGUUGUUUGACUAUAUGUGCCCUGUGAUUGGCUGGCGACCAGUCCAGGGUGUACCCCGCCUCUCGAGCCGGAAUGAGGAAUGCGACCCUCGUGAGGAUAAGCGGUAGAAAAUGAAUGAAUAAUAACAAGAAGCUACACUGCGGUUAAGUGGUUAGUAUGCAGGCCUCACAGCUAGGAGACCCGAGUUCGAUUCCAACCUCUGGCAUCUUUUGCAGAGCGGGUUUACUCCAUGUACUCCGGUUUCCUACCACAUUCCAAGAACAUGCUAGGUUAAUCGGCGACUCCAAAUUGUCCAUAGGUAUGAAUGUGAGUGUGAAUGGUUGUUUGACUAUAUGUGCCCUGUGAUUGGCUGGCGACCAGUCCAGGGUGUACCCCGCCUCUCGAGCCGGAAUGAGGAAUGCGACCCUCGUGAGGAUAAGCGGUAGAAAAUGAAUGAAUGUUUUUUCAUCCAGUGUUGAGAUUUCACACUUUUUUGGCAUGCCUUGAACACACCAUUGCUGUGUACUGACUCAGAUUCCACCUGUUCAUUGAUCAUCUUACAUUAUCAUUCAUUAGAGGUAAGUACCUCUACAUUGUAUUCUUUAACUGUGUUGGAUUCAUAUUCAGGACUUAUACUUGGGUUGUGUCGCGAGUUAAUAACGGCAAUUGAAGCAAGAAGGGGAGGGCUCUGGAGCUGAAUAUUAUCCAAUAAUUAGUCACUUUUCUUGCAAAUGUUGAUCUAAAAUUAGAGGAGAACGCAAGCAAGCAGGCAUGCCGUAUGUCAUAAAUAGAAAUUUUUAUGGGCUUAUCAAUUGGUCAUGGUUUUUCGCCAUUCACAAAGUAGUCCUGCAAUGUAAACCCUGUAAAAAACAGGAAUCUACUGUAUCUUUAUGUUCUCUUUAGUUCAAUCUGGUCACCUUAUCAUCUCAUUUGUGUAAUGUCUUGCACAAGGGCAACACUGGACAACGCAGUGCUCUAAAAGAAAAGGACGCUCACACAUGAAAUGUGUGUAGCAUCAGUCUUUCAUCAGAUGACGUCUCGUCCCUCAAUUUGAGGUUACAGACUUGAAAAUGACCACCAAUGACCAUCCUCAGGUGAGGAUCUAUUGUACUGUAUAUACAGUAUGUUAUAAUGUACUGACUUUUAUAUUAACUAAUAUGACUAUGAAAGUGAUGUAGAUAUUGUAUUGAAAAACUGCAAAAACAGGAUGCUUUUUAAUUAAAAGGAGAGUUUGUGA